CCCACUUAAUUUUCUUCACUUCCUUUCUCUCUCUCUCAGCUGAGUCUUGGCCUCCCUUAGCUUGUUGGCUGCUACCUUCAGCCUUUGAAAUCUGGAUAAAAAAAAUCCAAUCUUUUUUCCAAAUCUGAGUCCAUUUUGUGAAUCUCUAAUCGGUUUCUGCUGUUUAUUUGAUCUGGGCUUUCUCUCUCUCCCUGUUUCAGAUCAGUUUUUCAUCUAAUUCUCACUCACAGCAUACCAAGACUUCAUCUUUUUGUUUCCCUUUUACCGUUGAAACUAUUCAUGCAGGUUGCAGAUGGGUAUUCUUGCUUAUUGAGACAGCUUCAUUUGGUAUAACUAUCGUAAUUUUGCUCGAAUUGCUGAUUUCAAGAAUGGGUAGAGGGAGAGGAAAAGGGAAGAAACAAUCCGCGCUUGCUGCUCGUGAUGACACUGGCAGCGGUGAGGAUGAGAAGCUGCCUGUGAGGAGAAGAGGGAGGCCGCAAAAACCAAUGAAAGACGACUUUGAGGAGGUGGACGAAGUUGAGAAGAUUGAGGAAGAAGACGAAGAUGGUGAGGAGGCGAAAAAUUUUGCGUUGAGCAAAAGCAGCAAGAACCAAGCUGCUGUAGAGAAUGGCAGGAAGAGGAAGAGGCCCUCACAGACUAAAGAAAGCGACGAAUUAGUAAAGGAGGAGGAAGCCAAAAGUAAUGCUACUGUCCUAAUCAAGCCCGUUGGCUAUAGACAACACGGGAGCAGAAGGAAGAACAAGCCUAGACGGGCUGCUGAAGUUGGUGUCGAAUGCAAAUAAAUUUUGUAUUGGCAUAUCGAGAGGUGGAAUGAAGCCUUCUUUCUCGGAUCACAGGGCCUUCCCAAUAUCUGUUUUUGAGUUCAUGUGUUUUGCUAAUGCCUUGGAAUUAAUUGUUUUUGUUAAUGCAAAAGAGAUAACAAUUUUUGUGUUUA